UUGCAAGUAUGCAGUGAGUUCUUGACUCCAAUGACAGGUUUUCCAUGAGUUCUAUUAGGCAAGAAGAAACCCAAGCCCAGGAUGUGUCUGAGACGGAACACACCAUAUCAUUCUUGUCGCAAUCGAAUCGCCCUUCCUUGCAGAACUCCGCGAACCCAAGCUUGAGUUCAUGCCUCUACCAGUGCAUUGCCACCCUCAAAGGCUGUGGCCGCUGGACAUGGCCAUGGACGUGCGACAAGCCGAGCACGGGCAGUCCAGCUCUACGGUUGCAGUCACCAACAGUUCCAUAAAGUGUGCCAUCGCCACCAGCAACGGCCUCGUCAGCUCGCACCAGGACGGCAAGAUCAGAGUGUGGCAUCAUCCCGCCCGGAGGAACGGGAGCUCCGACCACCACCUCGCCCUGCGCGCCGUCCUGCCGACCGCCGCCGACCACCUGCGGACGUUCCUGUUCCCCAGCAACUACGUGGAGGUCCGGCGGCACCGGAGGCGCACCUGGGUGCGCCACGCCGACGCGGUCACCGCGCUCGCGCUGUCCCCGGACGGCGCGGAGAUGUACUCCGUGUCGUGGGACCGGAGCCUCAAGGCGUGGCGGCUGCCGGGCCUCCGCUGCGCCGAGUCCAUCGCAGCGGCACACGACGACGCCAUCAACGCCGUGGCCGUGUCGGCCGACGGGAGCGUGUACACGGGCUCGGCCGACAGGACGGUCAAGGCGUGGAGGCGCCGCCCGGGGCGGCAGGGGAAGCUCGCGCUGGUCGGCACCAUGGAGCGCCACAAGGCGGCGGUGAACGCGCUGGCGCUGGGUGUCGGCGGGCGGGUGCUCUACUCCGGCGCGUGCGACCGUUCCGUCGUGGUCUGGGAGUGUGCAGGCGGUGGUGCCAUGUGUGCCACUGCGACGCUCAGGGGUCACAUGAAGGCCGUGCUGUGCGUGGCCGCCGCCGGGGACGUGGUGUGCAGCGGUUCGGCGGACAGGACGGUGAGAGUGUGGAGGAGGGGAGCGGCAGGAGCGGGCUACACCUGUCUGGCCGUGCUCGACGGCCAUGCUGGAGCAGUGAAGAGCUUGACGUUGGUGAAGAAAUCGGGAGGUGAUCACGAUGGCUCGUGCGACGGGUGCUGCUCCUGCUCUGCAGCUCAUGUUUGCAGCGGAUCGCUGGACUCUGACGUGAAGAUUUGGAGGGUGAACGUUUCUUGUUUAUGAGUGCCGUAGAUAGACUAGCGGUAGAGGUGUACUCCGUAGCUAUGUGUACACAAGUAUAUUCUUCGAGAUGACAGAUUUAGUAUUUUUUUAGAAAACAAAACGCGGCCACGCAUAUAAACGCCUGUCCUAUAAAUAUCAAUUGCAUACA